AUGACCGUACUGUGCUUCCGAAGCUACCCUGGUAGAAUGGGGUUACCAAGGCCGACAACUCGAUGCUUCUUCAUAUCUUUGGUUGCCUGUGCUGCUCUUCUGGACGUUUGUCAUGCUGGCCUUGAAGGCAACAAGAACAAACGAGACAUCAACAACAGCCCCGCUUCCACUAUCACCAGCAAUGAGACUGUGGUGUUUGUUUCAACCUCUGAACUCCAGGAUGGACAAAUUAUUACGAGCUUCCUGACAACAUACGUUCUCGUCACAUUCUCCAGAAGCCUUGGCGAUGUCACGCCUUCAAUCACUUCUCAAGAUGUCCCUGCUUCCUCGGUACUCACAUUGAACUCGUCAAGUCAAGCUGUCCCUGGAGCGAACACCAGUACCAGUGCUACCUUGAAUAGUGCGACUAGUCUGCAAUCUAGUUUCCGAGGCCCAUUCACCAAUACAUCUACCAAGUCCAACUUUUCAGGAUAUUCGUCUAAGUCUACGGCCCCCAUCCCCAGUUCAAAUGAUACGUUGCCGCAAAGCAGUCAUUCUGGAGAAAUCAGCGUCCUCUCGAGCACGAUUGUUGAGACCGACCAGAGCUACUCUUCAACUGGAACUGGCUUUGCUUUCCCAACUCAGUGUUCUCAGGGACUCAAUUCUACCUUCCAUCCCUCUCAAACUCACAGGUCUCUGUCCGUGGGCGAGCCAGGACGCACCAACACAUCUCAUUCGGAUGCAACGAGGCAUAGUGAAAGUCCCAGUGUUGUCCUGCCACCCUCAUCAGUUACAAGCCCUACACCUUUCAUUGCCACAGGUUCUUCUACCACCAGACCUGUCGAUACGAGCAGAACACAUGACAUUGUCCAGUCUUCUGGUACGGUAGGCGGCAGCGGAGCCGCUUCUUCUGUAAGAAACACGGCCUCGACAAAAGGCAGUGUAGCAGAGUCUUCCAUCACCUCUUUAGGCGACGACACUCCUCGAGGAGGUCUGUCGUCCACCAUCGAAACUAGCCCCAAGUCCACAAUUGGAGACGAAACUCACACCACAUCAACCAAGGAUGCCAGCAAAAGCCAUACUACCAAGAGGGAUGGACCAGAUUCUUUCACCGCUGGAAAGGAUGUUGACGAAGCGUCUACCACCAGGAGAGAAAAUGCCUCUUCUUCAACUGAAAGGACUAGCGACGGCACCUCUACAGCGCGGGAGGACGAUAGAAGCAAAUCUACGAGCAAGCAAAAAGACAGCAACUCGUCAACUGACAGAAAGAAUGACGAUGAAUUUUCAACAACCGCAAACAAGGACAAUCAGUCUUCCACCUCUCCUUCAUCUGGGAGCAGUCGGGUGUCCAGCACAUCGUCGCUCGCCCGAUCAACAACACCUCAGCCAGGUGGCAGCGCGACAAGCGGUGUCAGCUCCACGACUUCCACCAGCUCAGACAACUCCUACACCGUCCUCUUCAUGACCGCUACGACAACGCAGCCGCCAGGCGUGGACUCAACAACCAAAGUUACGUGGACUUCCUCAGAAGUCACCACCUCCUCUUCCGACGGUGGCAUCAUCUUUCCUUGGAUCGUACCCGUCUGGGGCUGCAUAGGGCCGAUUUGCCAUCCUCAAUGUCUCAUUCCGUUUCUCGGUUGCAACAUGCCUCAGCUCAAGCUUCCAGGCCCGAUGGGGUUUCCGUGGGCCACGCCACCGCCUAUACCUCCUAAGGAGCCCCGGAAGGGUGACCCAAGCGAUCCUGACGAUCCGAAGCCCUCGGAGACCCCCACAAGCACCUCUUCAGAAUCGUCUUGUACUGCUUCUACCACAUUAUAUCCCAACUGCGGCCAAAGCUGUGUCGCUAGACCAGUCACUACUAUCGACAAGUCUACGAGCUUCAGCACAUCAUGUUUCACGUUCACCUGUCAGCCAACGGUCGUCUGCAGUAAAACGGUGCAAACCACAACCACUACAACAAUCUCUACAGCUAGUGCCACACCCUCUGAAUUUUUCUGCAGCCCAGAGUCCAACUGCGGGGAUUGUGUGCUUUCGUCUACUGAGACGCAGUCCGGUCUAUCAAAGAGAGUAAUCAACUAUGUCGAUUGGAACCCUCCCGAUGACGAUGAACUACUUAACCACCCUGAUGGAAUCUGGGUUAAAGAUGUCAAAAAAGAUGCAGCGGGCAACGAUAUCCCCAUAAAUGACAGACCAUACGUGACAACCUGGCCCGCCGGUGAAGCCGCCUGGCGCUUGCGAAUGUUCCGCCAGAUCAAGAACUACUGCGACGGGGCAGAGGAGCAAUACCACAGAUAUCCCGACGGUAUAACCUCGCGAUUGGGGCCGUACGGAGUGUCCACGAUGCGAGUCAGUGAAUGGGCUGACAGAGGAAUCGUCGGUGGGAGCGGUCCACUAUGGGGUUGCAGUAUUCUGAUGAUUAUCACCAAACGAGGAAUAUACGUGAGUCACAACUGGGAGGUCCCAAACUUCGCAAACCCCUACAAUUAUCCAGGACUCGACCUCAAUGAAGAAUUCCACAAAGGUGUGGAGAUGUUUUUGAAAGAGGGAGACGCAAAACAUAGGGGUAUUGACCAGCUGAAGGAACAAACGCAUAUUUUCGACAACAUGCAAGAAGACACACUGCAAAUCAUUAUUUUCACUCCCCAGACUGGAAUUUUAUCUCCAAUGCGUGAGGAUCCUGUCAGAGAUGCUUUGGUGCGGCACCCGUCUGCAGUUGAACGAUGGAAAAACUUCAUUGUUGGCCUCGGAUUUCCUCGAGAUAAGAUUAUGGUCCAGGCUUACGUUAAAGGUCCUUUAUACUGGCCAGGUGUGCCUAGGCCUUUGCAGGAAGGACAAAGAGUCAUGGAUUAUUGGCAGCCGGAGUCUUCUGCAGGUCUUGCCUUCUUCCAAUACCAUCCUGCGCACAAGGUUGAUGGGGUUAAUCGAGGCCCUACCAUCAAAGUGUUCUGGGAGUAUUACGACAAGAUAAUUUUUGAGUCGUCUUGGUGUUAUCAAGAAGACGAGACGGUUGCGGCUCGCGACGACGGAGGUGGCUCCUGCCCUGUUCCUCAGGCUGCCGGUAAUGGACCAUCUGCAUCAGGUGAUGGAGGAUCCGCUUCAGCAUCCGCAUCAAAGGGGAUAUCCAAUUCCUCGGGGAAGACCUCCACCAGUAUUACUUUUACCAGUUCUCAAUCGGCGAAGGGGUCAGGUUCUAUUUCCUCCGGUAACACGGCAGUCGCCACGAGCAAAUCAUCUGCCACCAAAACCCCAGGACCAAGCUCCACAGCACCAUCAUCAAGCCCUCCACCCUCAAAUACAGAUGAGCCGCUCAAACGUACUGUCCAUAUCAGCCAAGAAAUCCGGGGUAAUGUACAUAAGAAUGACGACGUGCACAUGGCGAACAUCACAAUCUCCGAGACCAAGGAUGGCAAAAAGACCGUUUUGGAAAGUGAGCAGCACAGCGACGGUGGCAAAUUCAGAUCUCUACCGAGUUCGCAAACUUUGACGGAUGACCAAGGCAACGAGCUGAGAAUCGAAUUCAGAAAAGAAGAACACCAUAAUAUCACGUUGUGGGCGAACAGUAAUGGCAAGCCAGAAUUCUGGAGCAUUGAGAAUCUCGAGAAAGAUGAGAAGAAUCCAAUGAAGCCAUGGUGCGAAGUGAAGAGCACCGUCCCGAACAGAUCUGCCGUUCUUAUUUUAAGAGAGAUUGAGUGCUUUUACUAUGUGUGA